AUUGCCUAAUGUAAAACUAAUCACCCUGUCACAGAGGGUUGACACUGCGACACUCGAUGAGCUGUGGAGCUCGCCUCUCAGAGGAGCCAUCAUUAAGAGAAGAGUGAGGAACACAAAGGAAGAAGAUUCUGAUCUGAGAAGCAGCCACACCCAAACGAUCCCUCUGCCUUCUCUUGAGUGUUAAACCAGAGAGAGAGACCUGAGCAGGACUUACAUCCUCGCAGACCUCGAUCCCUCUGCCUCCUCAUAAGCCUUCAGACAAGACCAGCACACGUCAAACACUCUUUGACAAAGGCAUGGGGAUGUGGAGGAAGCUGCUGAUUGGCCUGUUCACCGCCAGCUCCUUGAUGCUUCUCUACCUGUGUGUACACCUGGAGAAGCUUCCAUCCUGGUCCAUACACUCCCGGGAACACCUUCAAGUCUUCACUCUGGGAGAAAAAAGAUAUGCGAGCAAACAUGAUCAAAACACAGAGAGUCCAGAGAGCGAGCCGUCUGCCCCCGUCCAUGGAGCCUCUGACGGACGUCCAAGUCUUCAUCCAGGGAGCAACUCACGAGUCAGUUCCAGGCCGGUUGAAGACUCGGACAAAACCAAAACAAGGUUCAGCACCAAAGCCCCCUUAGUGAAGCCUCAGAGACCCGCAAAGGUAACCAGGUCAAAAAAAGAGCCAGCCUUCAUUGGAGACAGCUACCUGAGUGAAGACAACCAGCUACAGACACUCUGCUCAGACGGUCUCCAAAGUGGGGUCAUGAAAUUUGAAUUUGGGGAGCGGUAUCUGAACAACAUCCCGAUCCUGAUGCUGGCUAAACAUGCGACUCCUGAGCAGUAUCAACGGCUAAAGAAGUACACACCAGUCCACGGCUGGAGCGGGAUCAAUUACACAAUGCUGGUGGAAACUCUUUCCCUCCUCAACUCUUCCGCUAACUUGCAGAUGUUUGACGACUGGAAGGACCACAGUAAGAACUCCGAGUGUGUCCGCUGUGCUGUGGUGGGGAACGGGGGGAUCCUGAAUAACUCAAAGAAAGGGGAGGAGAUCGACAGUCACCACUAUGUCUUCAGGACCAACGGGGCAAUCAUUAAGGGCUUUGAGCAGGACGUGGGGUCUCGGACCACCCACUACACAUUCACCACCACCACACUGAGUAACUCGUAUAUAAGGUACAAAGGUCUUGGCUUUAAAGGACCCCCUUUGUCUAAGGAAACACGAUAUGUAAUGCUGCCAUCUCAUGAACGUGAUUACCUGAUGGUGAAGGCCGCGGUGACACACACCCGAGUGGAGAGAGGGAGAGACCGGGGACAAGAUCCAACCAAAAUGUUUGGAAAGGACGUGUCAGCUAAGAAGUUGAAGAUGCUUCAUCCUGAUUUCAUGCGUUACCUCCGGAACAGAUUCCUCCAUUCUGAAUAUCUGACCGCUAGAAAUGCGAGAAAUUACCGUCCGACGACUGGAGCUGUGAUGCUGCUGGCUGCACUACACACCUGUGACGAGGUGAGUGCGUACGGCUUUAUGACUCCGGGCUACGAGAAGUUCUCCAGGUACUACUACGACAAAGGCCUCCACCCGGUAGGCUUCACCACCAACCACGACAUGAAGAUGGAGCUGGUCCUCUGGCAGCAGCUGCAUCAGGCGGGGCUCAUGAGACUCUACACGCGCGAGUGAGACGCACGCCGACCGGAGAUGACGUCUGUAGAGAGUAGAAAAAAAGUUUACAUUUUACAAAGACCAGGUCACACAAUGCACCUGUGGUUUUUAUUGGUGAUGGUAAGGAUAUUAAGGUUGUAAACUCUGAUUGACGAGUCCCUUUGCUGUCACACCACAUGUAUUGUUCCUAAGAAAAAAACUGAGAGUGUUUUUACUUUAGAAACAAGUCGUUCUUUUCCUUAAAUUUUAAGUUUUCCCUGUCUUAGACUCUGGUGAUCUUUUCUUUGUACAUGCACGCCUCUGCUCAGUGUCUCCAUAUGGUUGAUGCAUCCUACCAAGCGUCCUCGAGGUUUCAAAACAAACCGUAAAGCGCUGACUCAGCAUUGUGAGUUGUACUCUCGGGUUGGAUGGCAUUUCAUCAUGAAGGAAAGUACUGGACAGUAAUCCUGCGUUCUCAGAAACUCUUUAUGCUUUCUGUCCCAAACGCUCGGACAGAAACUGGGAAAAGGGGCUUUUGGGUAUUCUGCACCCUCAUCAAGGAGUCUGUUGCAGAACGACUUGAAGCUCGAGGAGCUGAAAUGAUGGAAGCAGAUUCUACAGGGUGUCGAUGCUUUUUACUUUUAGCUUGAACUACUGACUCAAAGAUGUGACUCCAAGGUGGUUCUCUUUGAUGCAAUCUAGUGUUUUGUAAAUUGUGUUUUGUAAAUUUGACUUGAGCUUGUUUAGUUAUUCGUCUAAAAGGUUUUUUUUGUUUGUUUAAUAUCGAAUCAGAUGAAGGGAUCCGGUCAUCUGAAGUUGUUUUAUUUCAAAGUGCAAGAGGGGAAACGGGAGAUCUUUAAAGUGCAAUUUCUGAAUCUGAUUUUCACCUUUUUGAAUAAAAAUCUGUGGUAUGUA